AUGGGGCUAAAUUUUGCGAGUCCACCGGUCGCUGUACCUGUGGACAUUUUCAUGCGCACGCAUGGCGCACGCAUUAUGGAUAAGGACGAAGAGACUCCGCAGUGCACGAAGCGUGACGGUUACGACAUCUACCUUCCGAAUCAUGUCGAACGUGUGUCUCAUAUUGCAGUCGAUGUGGGUGGCUCACUUGCAAAAGUCGUUUACUUCACUCAUGCGCCCUCUUCGCCUGUGUCCUCCGAUGGAGGGAACGAAUCGGAUGUUUCGCGCCAAGGCACCUUAAAGCCAACUAACUUGGGCUCCUCAUCGCUGUUUCACCCGACGAGUCUGCGACAGCGCUCGCUACCGGAGCAAUUUCCUGGUGGACGCCUUAAUUUCACCAAGUUCGAGUCCAGUAACAUGGACAUGUGCAUGGCAUUUCUUCGAGAGCUCAUUGAGCGCAGCGCUUUGGCGAAUCAAGUCACGAUAGAAGAAAUGCAAAAGAGUGUGAAAAUCAUGGCUACAGGCGGUGGUGCGCACUUAUUUUAUCAACGCUUCAAAGACGAACUUGGCGUUGAGGUGCAGCGGGAAGACGAAAUGGGGUGCCUCAUCACAGGUCUUAAUUUUAUGACGUUGAUCCCUGACGAGGUAUUCUGGUUCUCUGAUGAUCUCGUGGACGACCUGUAUAAACGGCAUCCGAAGUUAUCGCUCAAUAUGCGCCGUGGCGACUCGAGGGUUCUGCCCAGCCAAGAUGCUAACCUUCCCCGACCCAGUCCCACUCCACCAAUGUAUGAGCCUCUGUUUGAAAGUGAACCAACGCCCAAGCUGCCUUGCUUGCUUGUCAAUAUUGGCUCCGGUGUCAGUAUUCUCAAGAUCGACGAAUCAGGAAAAUUUGAGCGUGUAAGUGGCACGAGUCUAGGAGGUGGUACCCUGUGGGGCCUGCUUGGUCUGCUGACCGAUGCAAGUAAUUUCGACGAGAUGUUGGAUCUGUUUGAGCGUGGCGACAAUAGUAAUGUCGACAUGCUUGUCGGUGAUAUCUACGGGCCAGUGGGAUUAGAUCACCUAGGCUUGUCAGCGUCGACCAUUGCAUCUAGUUUCGGCAAGGUGUUCCGCUGGGAUAGACGCAGUGCCUCACCUGAGCAAGCAGAUGAUGCCCGUACAGCGUCAGAGCGCCGUCGUGCGCGAUUUUCUCAAGAAGACAUCUGCCGCAGCUUGCUGUACGCCAUUAGCAACAAUAUCGGCCAAAUCGCUCACAUGAAUGCCGAAAAGUACCAACUUGAUCGUGUGUACUUUGGUGGCUGCUUUAUCCGCGGCCACCAAGCUACUAUCGCAACACUCUCUUACGCUAUCCGCUUCUGGAGUAAAGGACGUCGUCGUGCCUACUUUUUACGGCAUGAAGGCUACCUGGGGGCUAUUGGCGCUUGGGUGCGACAUAUUGCCUCGGACUCGUCGGUCGAUCAUCCACCCGAGCCACCGAUCCAGCCCAUGCUAGCCGAUGCGCUGAGUAUGAAUCAAAUGGACCAGUCCCCUGUGACGCCAAGUGCUGCUGGCAUGUCCCCUUCACCCGCACAUACUGAAAACCAAACUUUGUCGGACCUCUUGAACGAGCUGAGUACCAUUGACCAGUCCACCAUGCCGUCUGACCCCGACUCGAUCGAGAAGCUUAUGCUGCAACUAGACCGUGCGCAUAAUGUGGCCAAUGCAAUCGAGUCUCGUGUCGACCACUUGCUGGAAAAGAUCCAAACGUUGCUGCCGAGAGAGCCGUCUCCUUGA